AUGGCUGCGAAUCCAAUCGAAGCCAAACCUUCGUCGCGCGACGAGUCUUCGGACUCUGGAAGCGGAAGCGACAGCGAAAACGAUACCCCGACGACGACAACGACAACGACGACGCCGACAGCGGUUGAAUGGCUAGCGACCGGCCGAUCAAGACGGUCCACGGCCGGCAAUCGCAUGAAGUCGAUGCUGGCCAACGAAGAACCCGACUCAGAUCUCGAACUGCUAUUUGCCGAAGACGACAACGACGAAGGCUUCACCGAUGUCGACGAUGCGGGCUCCGACAUACAGAUGGACUCGUCAUCCGACGACGAGGACGAGCAGAACCGCGGGGACGAUUUCGAGGGAGAGAAAGAGCUUGAGAAGCAAGCCAGGGAAAGGAAGCUGGCUUCGCGGAAACGCAAGGCCGAAGAGGCCAUCCCCGCCAAGUUCAGAAAGAAGGUCCGCAUCGACCAGGCCGCGGCGGCCGCCGCCGCCGCCCCGGCGCCACGACCCAAGAAGAAGUCGGAGCGGACGAGCUGGCUGCCCUCUCCGGCCGACAUGCCCAUCCGCGCCUCGCUGCGUCAGACCACGAUGCUCAGCAAGGAGCAGCUGCACCAGCAGAUGAAGGAGCGCGAGACGAAGCGGUUGAAGCAGUUGGCCGUGAUGGAGAAGAAGGCCAAGAAGCUCGCGGCGUCGAAGAAGCCUCCCAUGACGCAAGCCGAACGACUGGCGGAGGCUGCUUCGGUGGAGAAGCGGAACGCGAAGUCGCUCAACAGGUGGGAAGAGGCUGAGAAGGCGCGCGAAGAGGAGCGCCUCGCUAAACUGGCGGCCCUGAACAACCGGACGCUCAAGGGACCCGUGGUCACCUACUGGAGCGGCAUAGGCAAGUGGGAAAACCACCUGAAGCACGUGGGCAGGGUGGCCGAAGAGGAGAAGGCUCCCCGGAAGAAGCGGGAGAAGAAGGACAAGGGCGACAAGGCGAAGGGCAAGGAGAAGGACGAGAAAGAGCCCAAGAAGGAGGGGAGCUCGACAGCCGGCGCGGCCUCGACGUCGUUACCACCAUCGACAUGCCCGGAUGGGCAGGCCGAGGCCAAGCCCGGCGCACCGUUGGCUUCUCCGGCGCCAGCAGAUCCGGGAAAUCCACAACAAAGCCGUGUCCCCAACCCUCCCUCGCCAACAGCCACGGCACCGUCGGAAGCCACGCCGAUCGUGAAGGAGGAAGACCGCCCUCGCGUGAUGGCACCUCCCCCCAUCCCGCCGCCGCCGCCGCCGGCGGUCUCGUCAGCAUCGUCACGGCCCGAGGGCCAACCCAGGCUGAUGGCACCACCGUCGAUCCCUCCACCUCCGGCACUGGGCUCGUCGUCGCCCAUGGCCCCUCCGCCCCUACCUCCUCCGCCCAAAACCUCACCGCCUGUCCUGGCAGCUCCGGUGCUCGCGCUUCCGGUUCUGGCUCCGCCUUUGGGUGGCAUACACCUCGUUCAGCACACAACACAGCCGAAGUCCAACGUGCUCGCGCCGCCCAACACAACGCAGCACAAAUCCCCUCUCUCGAUGCCUGCCCCUCCCCCUCCGCCAUCCGCGAGGCCACCACCUCCCCCAUUAGCACCGCUCCAACCAACAACCCAACCAACCCAGCCUCCCGCUCCGCCGAAACCCGCUCCGCCGCCGGUGGCCGCCCCCUCUCCGCCACCUGCGCCUGCAGCCCCGCCGGCGCCGGAAGAGCCACCCCCGAGCGAGGUCGCGCGCAACGCGUUCAUCCUCCGCAACUUUGACGAAGAGCUCGUUCGCGACAAGACGGUUCAAACCCAAAUCCUGUUCGGGCGGCGGAUGGAUCGUCUUGCGAAACCAGCACCCCGCCCCGUGUGUGUCAUCACCGCUCACCCGGCCCGCUACCGCGACCCCGAGACGGGCCUGCCUUACUUCAACGCCUACGCGUACCGGGAGAUCCAGCGCCUCCGACGCGGCGAGUACAAGUGGAGCAGCCUCCUCGGCGCAUGGGUCGGCACCUGCACCUACGCUGCCCGCGGUGUGCCAGAAAGGUUUCUGAAGGGGGGCAGACCCAAGGAGCCUAAUAAGUCGAAGGGGGCGGGGGUGGAGCCGAAGGAGACUGAGGCCAACACCGUCGCGGAGGCCACCGAGAGCCAGGAAGCCCCGAACACGGACAAGGCCACAACACCCACCCAGGAGGGUGCGUUGGAACAGCCGCCGCCGACGGGGUCGGAGGGCGCGACGGUGCCCUCGCCGUCACCGUCGGUGCCCCAGACAAAGGUGCAGACGCAGACGCAGACGCAGACGCAGACGCAGACGCAACAACAGCCGCAGCCGCUGGUCGAAGCUCAGAAGCAAGACCAGGGUGCGAAACCGGCUGCAGCCGAGCCUGCUCCGCAGCCCGGUGUGGCCUCGGUCUCCACCGUCGUCUGA